AUGACCAGAGUCCUCGCCGGACCUUACUGCACACAAAUUCUGGGCGACUUAGGGGCCGAAGUAAUCAAGAUUGAGCAUCCCAUUCGGGGAGAUGACACGAGGGCUUGGGGUCCUCCCUACGCUGAAUAUACCUCCGGCGACGCACAAGGUCCGGGCGAGUCUGCGUACUUCCUCUCUGUCAAUCGCAAUAAAAAAUCCCUGGGUCUCUCAUUCGCCCACCCGGCCGGUGUUGAGGUUCUGCAUAAGCUGGCCAAGGAUUGCGAUGUCCUCGUUGAGAACUACCUUCCGGGCGGACUAAAGAAGUACGGGAUGGACUAUGAGACCAUCUCAAAGAUCAAUCCGAGCCUUAUUUACGCCAGCAUCACUGGCUAUGGCCAAACAGGCCCCUACAGCAACCGCGCCGGCUACGAUGUCAUGGUGGAAGCGGAGAUGGGCCUCAUGCACAUCACAGGCUCCAGAGAUGGGCCUCCGGUCAAGGUUGGUGUAGCCGUUACGGACUUGACCACUGGACUCUACACUUCGAACUCUGUGAUGGCGGCUCUCAUCGGGCGCGGAAAGACGGGGAGAGGCCAGCAUAUCGACGUGGCACUCAGCGAUUGCCAAGUUGCAACGCUGGCAAACAUUGCCAGCUCUGCCCUGAUCAGUGGAAAGAAAGACUCGGGCCGGUGGGGCACCGCACACCCCUCAAUCGUUCCAUACAAGGCGUUCAAGACUGCCGAUGGUGAUAUCCUCCUUGGCGGAGGAAAUGACCGUCUGUACGGCAUUCUCGUUGAGAGGAUCGGCCGGCCGGAGUGGGCGAAAGACGGGCGGUUUGUGACGAAUGCGCUCCGAGUGAAGAACAGGGACCUGCUCGAGGAUAUGAUCGAGACGGAGACGAAGAAGAAAUCGACACAAGAAUGGCUCGAGAUCCUGGAAGGAUGUGGGAUGCCAUAUGCAGCGAUCAACGAUAUCCAAGGAACCUUGAGCCACGACCAUGUCCUCGCGCGCAACAUGGUCGCCGAAGUGGAGCACCCGAAAUGCGGGCCGAUCAAACUAGUCAACACUCCGGUCAAAUACUCUUUCUCCGAGCCGAGUAUCCGGACCCCUCCACCAACACUCGGCCAACACACGGACGAGGUCUUGAGGGAAAUGGUCGGGCUGAGCGAGUCGGAGAUUGAAAGCCUGCGGAGCGAAGGUGUCGUUGCUUGA